AGUUGGGCGCGACGGCCGUUCAGAUAGCCGGCGAGAGCGCGUGAAAGUGCAUCGCGCUGGAGGGGGGGACCGAACCAAAAGGAAAGAAAUAGGCGCAAGCUACGAACCCCAAGAUGAGGAUCCGCAGCCUGAUGCUUGCACCGGUCACCACCCUCGGGGUGUUUAUCAUUGUUAUGAUCCUUCAGUGUUCCGUACCGACCGUGACGGCGAUACAGACGGAAAAGGAAGCGUACUUCAAUGGAUCUGCCUACCUGAGGUUAAAAACGCCAAUGACCCUCUGGAGCUAUUCGGCGAUUAGUUUCAAGUCGUGCCGAGGUGGAGAAAUUCUCUCCCAACGCUAUUCAGGUCAUGCCCUACUGGUGUCCGUCCUGCCGGACUGGGUGUCGAUCGUGCUAUCAACACCGGCCCAGCAACCGAUCGAGGCGCGCGUGACCGGUCGGCUGCUCGACAACAAAUGGCACACGCUCGAGUUCAUCUACCAGGCCGGCACGCUGUACUGUGUGAUCGACAAACAGUCGACCCCGAUCGCGAACCAGAGCUACAACGCGCCGCUGAUACUCGAUCAGGAGAUCAAAAACGAAGCGGCGGUGCUGAUCCUCGGCAAGCAGUAUGCGGGCUGUCUGCUGCACGGUCCGGGGUUGGUGUUUAACUCGAGCGCCAUGAACGCGGAAGCGGUAGUAUUCGGACCGUGUCCGUUGGCCGCCGGACCGUGCUCGGAUCACGACGUGCUCGAGGGCAUCCCGGUGGACUAUUGUUCGCACGAUCCGUGCAUGCAGCACGGGACGUGCAUCUCGCGAUCGGAUUCGUACGAGUGUCACUGUACGGCCCGGUUCAAGGGCAAGAACUGCGAGAUCGAUAUGGGCCCACCGUGUCUGUCGUACCCCUGCCAGCACGGCGGUACCUGCAGCGAGGACAUUAAGGGUGAAUAUCGGUGUACGUGCGCACCGGGAUAUACGGGCGCGGUCUGCGAGACGGAACUGAGCGUGCAUCCGCUGUGCGAGAAGAAUCCGUGCGCUAACAAUGGAACCUGUCGCGUAGCACCCGGCACGAACAACGUCGAGUGUGACUGUCUCAAGGGUUUUAUCGGGAUGCGUUGCGAGAUCAACUGGGAUGACUGUAAGUCGAACGUCUGUCUCAAUGGGGGCCGUUGCAUCGACGGUGUGGAUGCGUUCACCUGCGACUGCAAGGGGACGGGCUAUGGAGGUACGCUGUGUCAGAAUAAUAUCGACGAAUGUCUGACGAACCCGUGCCAGAACGGAGGCACCUGUUUCGAUACGUACGGUACGUUCCUGUGCGAUUGCCCAUCGGGUUUCACCGGGCCCAAAUGUCAGAUGAGCGUAAACGAGUGCAAAUCACAACCGUGCCAGAAUGGUGGCACUUGCAUCGAUACACGGGAAGGAUUCGAGUGUCGCUGCAUUCCCGGUUACAACGGAGCGCUAUGUGAGCUGGAACCAGGCUGUGGACAAUGUCCACCGGAUUCCGAGUGUGUCGCUGGACGAUGCGUUUGCAAACCGGGUACCACAGGCAUGGUAGGGCUUUGUGUAGAGCAAGUCACUGUCGCCGCCGUUACGAUCGCGACCAACGCCAAUGCCGCCGGCACAAGUGCACAGAAAUCCCAGGCCCUCACUAAUGCAUGCGCUAGCUAUUGCUACAAUGGCGCCACCUGCGUCCCGGCCGGAACCGCCGGCUUCGGUCAAAAUUUAACCUGCAUUUGUGCUAGCGGAUACACAGGAACUCGCUGUGAAUCACCCAUUGCUCUACCGUACUCCGACGAAUGCAACUGUCAGAAUGGCGGUAGCUGUGCACCGAACGGAUCCACAUGCCUAUGUCCACCGGGUUACGACGGUGCACGCUGUGAGCAGACGAUCGGGACCAACCUCUGCAACCCAUCCAACUGUGCCGAACCAUACCGUUGUAUCGGUGGCAAAUGUCAGUGUCCGGAAAACAUGAACUGCGACAAUCCGUGUGCAUCUUCGCCGUGUCUGCACAACGGUUCCUGCUAUCUGCAGAGUCAAAGCUAUGCCUGCAAGUGCACGUCUGGGUUUGAAGGCAAGCGGUGCGAGAACGAUAUCGACGAGUGUAAGAAGGAUGGUAUCUGUGGGAAUGGAAUCUGUCAGAACACGCCCGGCUCGUUCCGGUGCUUCUGUACGCCGGGAUAUACGGGGCUGAACUGUGAUCUGGACGUGGACGAAUGCCUUAGCCAUCCGUGUAAGAACAACGCCGAGUGUCAGAAUAAGCAGAACGAUUAUGAGUGUAUCUGCCCGGCCGGCUACACGGGCAAGGACUGUAGCGUGGACAUCGAUGAGUGUGAAAGCAACCCAUGCUCGAAGGGUUCGAGCUGCGUAGAUCAGGUGGCCAACUUUACCUGCAUGUGUGUUCCAGGCAUGACGGGACGGUUGUGUGAGAUCGAUAUUGACGACUGUGAGAGUCAACCGUGCCAGAAUGGAGGACGCUGCAUCGAUCAGUUGGGCGGAUUCCAGUGCGACUGUAAUGCUACCGGUUACUCCGGCAUCUACUGCCAAACGAACAUCAACGAGUGUGAAUCGAACCCGUGCACCAACGGGGCUGAAUGUGUGGACAAGAUCAACGACUACCAGUGCAACUGCUUCCCAGGAUACACGGGCAAGAACUGUGAGGAAGACAUUGACGAGUGCGAAAGCGUGCCCUGUCUGUACGGCGGCACCUGCUUGCAGCGAUCCAACUACAGCCUGUAUCAACCGCUGCCGAUCGCCAAGGGUCUACCGGUGCACUUUUCGCAACCAUUUUCCUACUCGAUCGCGGCCGGUUACGAAUGUAUCUGUGUGCCCGGCACGAUGGGUACGAACUGCGAAACCAACAUUAACGAGUGCGAAAGCAAUCCGUGUAAGAACGGAGGCUGCGUCGAUGGGGUCGGUAACUAUACGUGCGAGUGCGAUCCUGGCUUCGAGGGCUCACACUGCGAAACGGACAUCGAUGAGUGUCUCAAAUACCGGCCGUGCGUCCACGGAACGUGCAUGGAUGGCCGAAACAACUACAUCUGCGACUGUGAUGGACUGUGGGGAGGCAAGAACUGUUCCGUACAGCUGACGGGUUGUGUGAAGGAACCGUGCCUGAACGGCGGCACCUGUGUGCCGUACCUGGAGAACGAAACACAGCACAAGUUCAACUGCUCCUGCCACCAAGGGUUCCAGGGUAAGACCUGUGACACGGUAACGACCAUGUCGCUGGUAGCCAGCAGUCUGCUCGUGGUGAAUACGACCCGUGACGAAGGAUAUGACAUACAGCUGCGCUUCAAGACAACGCUUCCCAACGGAAUACUCGCAUUCGGUAAUGGGGCCACCUCGUACAUUCUCGUGCUCAACAAUGGACGUUUGAACUUGCAUUCCGCACUGCUCAAUCGCUGGGAUGGUGUGUUUAUUGGUUCGGAAUUGAACAACAGCAAGUGGCAGAAGGUGUUCGUAGCGAUCAACUCCUCGCAUCUGGUGCUAUCGGCAAAUGACGAACAGACAAUCUACCCGAUCAACUCGUACGAAGGCACCAACGGCAGCAAUACGUCCUUCCCGAUCACAUACCUCGGUGGUACGAUCCCCUCACUAGCACAACCCUAUCUGAAACACAUCGCACGAGCCGUAUCGAGCUUCGUAGGCUGCAUGGAGGAUGUCGUAAUCAACGGCCAGUGGGUGCUGCCUGGGCAGGAGCAAGAGUUUACCACACUCCACAACAUCGACACCGGAUGCCCUCGGACACCGCAGUGCGAUCCAAAUCCGUGUCACUCGAACGGCCACUGUACGGAUCUGUGGCAUACGUUCUCGUGUAGCUGCCAACGCCCCCACCUGGGUCACACGUGCAAGUACAACAUCACAGCGGCCACCUUCGGUCACGAAAACACUACCAACUCCGCCGUCAAGGUAACGGUGAGCGAUGUUGCCCGUCGUGCCAUUCGCUCCGUGCUGGACAUCUCAAUGUUUAUCCGUACGCGCAAACCCGCUGGUCAGGUGUUUUACCUUGGUUCCGAUCCGGACAAUCAGCUCAUCAACACGAAUCAAUCGCCGAGCGACGAUUCGUACGUGGCCGCAUUCCUGUCGAAGGGCGAACUGUUGGUGCGCAUGAUCUUCAACGACACGCCGGAAGGAUACACGGUCGGUGGCAAUAAGCUCGACAACGGGUAUCUGCACCUGAUCGAGGUGAUCCGCAAUUCGACGCUCAUACAGGUGAAGCUGAACGGAACGGAAUACUUCCGCAAAACGCUAUCCACCUCGGGUCAGCUAAACGCGCAGGUGCUGUACCUUGGCGGACCACCGCCAAACGCUGACACCAUCAACAGCCUGUACAAGGACGAUUCGGAGAAGCAGUACUUCAAGGGCAUCAUCCAGGACGUGCAGGUGUCGAAUGGGUCGCACGCCAUGAUUGUCGAGCUGUAUCCGCUCGGCAAUGAAACGGAGGGUCUCGAGUUGCCCGCACCAUUCGGACAGGUUACGAUCGAUCGGAACUCCGUGCUGGAGGGUAUCGUGUCUGAUGAUCUGUGCCGCAGUCAACCGUGCUAUCACGAGGCGUAUUGCGAGAACACCUGGAACGAUUUCAUAUGCACAUGCCCCCGGGGAUACAAGGGCAAAUACUGCCAGGACAUCCAGUUCUGCGAGUUGCAAAAGUGUCCAAUGGAUGCUACCUGUCAGAACCUGGACGCAGGUUACGAAUGCAUCUCCAAUAUGACAUUCCACGAUGACAAGGAACCGCUCGUCUACACGUUCAACGAUGCGGACCGGAAGGAUACCAGCAUGGACACGAUCGAAAUAUCGUACCGCACCAAGUUCGGUGGCACCCUCCUAUACGUGCACGAUGGCGAUAUGUACUUCGAGAUAUCGACUAUCCGUCAGCUGGUAACCAUUUCGUGGCUGUUAUCCGGCGAUCUUCCCGAAACACAUCGGUUCGAACGCGAACUAGCUGGUGAAGAUGAUAGCUACGACUGGCACACAUUGCUCGUGAAGGUCAGCCAGGGCGGCAAGCUGGAGGCGGGCUGGAAGGGCUGGGAAACGGCCAUCGAUCCCCAACCGAGCUUGACGGCCGACAUUGACUACUUCGCCUUCCGCCAUUUGUUCUCCGGCCGGCAGCAGAUCUAUCUCGGCGGAAUGCCCGAGAUGGCACACAUCGAGAAUAACUCCGUUGUGAGCGGUGGCAUCGACAAGGGUUCGUCGUUUAAGGGAUGUCUCGGGGAGACCCGCGUCGGUGGCUUUCUGUUGCCGUACUUCCCGCACGAGCUCAUCUACCCGGAUACGUUCAAUCUUACCGAGGCGCACUUUACGCUUAACUCGAGCCAACCAGAACAGGGUUGCAUACUGUGCUUCCAGCAGUCGUGCAAAAAUGGGGGCAUUUGCAGUAAUCCAUCGGAGCAGUACGCUUGUGAGUGUCCGGCUGGCUAUGAGAGUGACGAUUGCUCGCAGAACAUUGACGAGUGCCUAUCGGCGAACUGCAUGAAUGGGGCGAGCUGUAUCGACGGAGUGGCCAGUUUCACCUGCCAGUGUCUGGAGGGUUACGAGGGUCAGCUGUGCGAGAUCGAGAUCGAUGAGUGUGCCUCAAACCCGUGCCACAAUGGGGGUGUAUGUCAGGAUCUGUUGGCAGGGUUCUCCUGCACCUGCACGGAGGAAUAUGCCGGACCACAGUGCGAUGUGUUCCGACUGGUGACGUGCGAAAAUAUGCCCUGUCGCAAUGGUUCCCGUUGUGUCGAUGGAUACAAUAUGACGACCGGUAACAACUUCACCUGCACGUGCAGUGCUGGUUUUGCUGGACCGCUGUGCGAUGUACCGUUCUGCCGGCUGGAACCGUGCCAGAAUGGUGGCCUGUGCGACACAGAAGCAAUGAUUCCCAUGUGCAACUGUUUGCCCGGGUACGUUGGAAUGUACUGCGAAACGGAACUGAAUGAAUGUGAAUCGGCACCCUGUCUGAACGGUGGUCAAUGCAUUGACUUCAUCAAUGAGUACCGUUGCAACUGCACUGGUACCGGGUUUGAUGGUAAAAACUGUGAGCAUGAUAUAAACGAAUGUCUGCAGGAAAGAAUCAGCUGUGGUGGACGUGGUCACUGUAUCAAUACGGAAGGUUCCUUCAGGUGUCACUGUGAGGAAGGCAUGUGCGGGAAGGAUUGCGCCCAGUCCGAUCCUUGCCAGGUGAAUCCCAACGUUUGCCUGAAUGGAGGCAUCUGCGUGGAGGAUUGUGAUAGGGACCGAAGGUACUACUGCAAUUGCACCGGUGGCUACACGGGCGUCAACUGUUCGGAACAGGCCGAUAAGAGUUCCAAUGAAAUCAGCUAUCUGGACACGGUUUACUACUAUGUGCAUAACUUUGUGGGGAGUGCGACACUGGAAGCGGAAGAAGCGUCCGGUGCGGAUAUCGCCCUCAUCGUUGUGCCCGUGGUAAUCGGCAUUCUCACAAUUGCCGGUGCAUUGAUCGGCACGUUCCUGGUGAUGGCACGCAAUAAGCGAGCGACCCGCGGUACCUACAGCCCAAGUGCCCAAGAGUACUGUAACCCAAGACUGGAAAUGGACAACGUGCUUAAGCCACCGCCCGAGGAGCGACUGAUAUAGUGCGGGUUAAGGUUUCCGUUAACUGUAGCGUCUUUUUAUGUGUUAGUUUUGUUACAAUUUACUCCCUCGUACUGUGUACCCUACCUCCACGAAUGUUUUCAGUUUCCGUCCACAGUCUGUCAUUUGUCGCCAGACUUCUGCUCCUCGGGCAGGAGGAGACAUUCUCAGUCCUGUUAGUGUCCCAACCGUAGCUCUAUUGGGAACGAAAUACACUCACACUCCCGCCCUCAUGUGGAAUCCCUGCACAAGGGGUUCGUAUUGUAAAAAGUUAGUAUAAGGAUCGAUGUAGCUGAUUGAGAAAACGUUCCAUUAGGCAAAACGAAACGAGACCAACCGGUACACGGACGCCCCAAGGAGCGCACGGUGCUUUGCUAUUGCUUUUAUAAAUUUUAAUGCAUGUUUUUUGUUUUAAAUGUAACCGCUGGUAGUAACUGUGUAACAAUGUGAUAUCCAUCAAGAUUGGGUCGCUUCGCUUGAUCCAGCGACAAACAUUUUGAUUUUCCUCUGGCUCUCGGGUGCGAUAGAUAAGAACCGCAACAACAUGCAGCUUUGGGAGCCCUCCAAUCGUUACCUGAUUGGAACACCAGACGACAAAGCGGAACUAAAAAUUCUUAUCCAAAUAAUGUUCUAAUCCAAUUAUUGAAAACUAUUGACUGAAUCAAAGGACAAUCAGACUGCCAACUGUUUUCGAUCCCUUACAGUUCUAAACAACAACAAAAAAUGAACAAUUUUGGCCGAUAAAAUUAAUGUGCCUUCAAAAUUACGAUAGUGUGCUCCGUGCAUUGAUAUCCUCACCACUCCAACGCUCAGGACAAAGUUUUCCGUGCAGGUUGAAUUAGUGUUAAUUUUUUAACUGCUUCGAUAAGGUGUAGUACUGUUUUCGUUGUUUCUGGCGCUAAAUGCAUCCACCAAUGGUUUGGAAGUGCAUCGAAGCAAAGGAGAGUGGACCACACGGCACAGUUAAACAAUGCUAGAAAUCUUAAGUGAAAGAAACACCAUAAAAGUGCAGCUGCAAAAGUAAACUAAAACUAAAUACACUUAACACACCUUAUAAAGCAAGCAAACGUUUGUUAGGUUUUCGUUUUGAAAACAAGACUCACUUUUAAUAAACUCAUCCAAGGAAGAUAAAAAGCGAAAUAAAAUGAUGUGAGGUAAAGGGAGGCCCCGUCGUUCGAAUAUUCUGUAAACUAGCGCACUGUGGCGGGUCAUAAUUUUACGCAAACCGACAGUGCUCAAAAGCAAACCGACGAAUAUGGUCGAGAAAGUUACUGAGAAAGAAAAACAACGCGAACCUAGAUAGCCAGUAAGAUAAAUGAUAAGAAAUAGCCAGAGCGAUAAACUUGAUGCGUAAUAAAUUUCGUCCGAUCAG